AUGAAAUUGACAUUAAGCUUAAUUUUUGUACUUGCACUUGCAAGUAUUUAUUAUAAUGCUCACUUUUUUGCUCAUUGUGUAAUAAAUGAUUUGAAGGACACACAAAAAAAUAAAUUCUCUCAAUCCAACAGUAAAAUAGAUGAAAAAAAUACAAGAGAUAUACCAAAUGAAAUAAGUUACGAACGAAAUGAAGAAAAAAGAAAUCUCAGAAGAAAAAGAAGCAUAUUAUUAAAUGAUUAUGAAAAAAUCAAUUUUGUAGAUUCUAUGGAAGAUAAUGUGAAUAAUCAAAAAUUCGAAGGUGAGAAUAAGGAUACUACACAAGAUUCAUCUGAAAAUAUAAAAAAAAAUAAAUUAGAUGAAAUACAUUCCGAAAAUAAUAGUAAUACACUGUAUAACGAAAAUGCAGAUAUUAUAGCAGACAAUGAAGAAUUAAAUAAUUUGUCAGUAGGAAAUAAUGAAGAAUCUGAUAAUAAAAACUUAUUGCAUAAUAUACAUGUUAAUACAAAUAGUGAGCAUGAUAUAGGUGAUGUUAAUAAUGAACAUGGCAAGAAUAUUGCAGAUGUAGCUAAUGAUUAUACAGAAAGUAAAAAAUAUCCUUUUAAUGAAAGUGUUGAAACAAAUGGAAAAAUUAAACAAGAAUAUAAUAAUAAUUAUGAUUUAAAAGAUGGAUCAUAUACUAAUGAGAGUUCUGACAUUGAAGGUGUUCAUACAAAUAAUUUUAGUACAAAUGAAAAUUAUCAUACUUCUGAAGCUAUUCCAUCCGAAGGUGAAAAUGGUUAUUAUAACAAUGGAGGUAAUGUGAAUGAAUCUGAUUUAAAUGAAAGCUUUCUUACACCAUAUGUUACUCAACCUACAAAUAUGGAUGAGAUUUAUGAUACUUCUGAAGUUAUUCCAUCUCAAGGUGAAAAUGGUUAUUACAACAAUGAAGGUUAUGAGAAUGAAUCUGAUGUAAAUGAAGACUUUCCAACACCAUAUGUUACUCAACCUACAAAUAUGGAUGAGAUUUAUGAUACUUCUGAAGCUAUUCCAUCUCAAGGUGAAAAUGGUUAUUACAACAAUGAAGGUUAUGAGAAUGAAUCUGAUUUAAAUGAAAGCUUUCUUACACCAUAUGUUACUCAACCUACAAAUAUGGAUGAGAAUUAUGAUACUUCUGAAGCUAUUCCAUCUCAAGGUGAAAAUGGUUAUGACAAUGAAGGUAAUGAUAAUGGAUCAAUUAUAAAUGAAAACUUUCCUACACCAUAUGUUACUCAUCCUACAAAUAUGGAUGAGAAUUAUAAUACUUCUGAAGCUAUUCCAUCUCAAGGUGAAAAUGGUUAUUAUAACAAUGAAGGUAAUGUGAAUGAAUCUGACGUAAAUGAAGACUUUCCUACACCAUAUGUUACUCAUCCUACAAAUAUGGAUGAGAAUUAUAAUACUUCUGAAGCUAUUCCAUCUCAAGGUGAAAAUGGUUAUGACAAUGAAGGCAAUGAGAAUGGAUCAAUUGUAAAUGAGAAUUCUAAUAUAACAAAUUCUAGUGAACUUAGUUCAAGCACAGAUGAGUAUAAUCAUAACGAAAGUCAUGGAGAAGAUGAAAUACAUAUAUAUGAUUGUUAUAAUAGUCAAAGUAAUGAAAAAGAUAAAUUAAUUGUAGGUAAAUGUACUAAUAAUGAAGGUGCAAAUACAGAUACUUCUAAUAAUAAUGAUAUUAAUAAAUAUAAACAAAAUGGAAGGAAACUUUGUAUUACUUUACCUUCACUUCCAAAAAAUUCAAUAAACAUAAUAAUUCAUUUACCUAUAAAUAUAGGAUAUUUACAAGAAAAAAUUUUACAUUCGGAAUAA